UAGGCUGGGCGCGGCCGGCGGUGCGGGCUGCGGGCCGGCUGCCGUCGUUGUCUUUGCGGUCUCGAGGGCCGUGCGUCCCGCAGGCGUCAUGGGCAAUUGCCACACGGUGGGGCCCAACGAGGCGCUGGUGGUUUCAGAUUCCAAGGCCCUUAAGGGCUUGUCUCCCAUUUCUGUGUAACCUCGGCACCUGGUACCCAGGAGUGGGAGCUGUCAAGUAUCAGAGCAGGGGGCUGCUGUGGUUCCGACUAUAAACAGUAUGUGUUUGGCGGCUGGGCCUGGGCCUGGUGGUGUAUCUCCGACACUCAGAGACUGUCUCUGGAGGUUAUGACCAUCCUGUGUCGCUGUGAGAAUAUUGAGACGUCGGAGGGGGUCCCGCUAUUCGUAACAGGGGUUGCACAGGAUUUCCCUAGAGAUUAUGACGUUGCAGCCCCGCUGCGAGGACGUAGAGACGGCCGAGGGGGUAGCUUUAACUGUGACGGGUGUCGCCCAGGUGAAGAUCAUGACGGAGAAGGAGCUCCUGGCCGUGGCCUGUGAGCAGUUCCUGGGCAAGAAUGUGCAGGACAUCAAGAAUGUCGUCCUGCAGACGCUGGAGGGGCACUUGCGCUCCAUCCUCGGGACCCUGACUGUGGAGCAGAUUUAUCAGGACCGGGACCAGUUCGCCAAGCUGGUGCGGGAGGUGGCGGCCCCUGAUGUCGGCCGCAUGGGCAUUGAGAUCCUCAGCUUCACCAUCAAGGAUGUAUAUGACAAAGUGGACUAUCUGAGCUCCCUGGGAAAGACGCAGACUGCCGUGGUGCAGAGAGAUGCCGACAUUGGAGUAGCCGAAGCUGAGAGGGAUGCAGGCAUCCGGGAAGCUGAGUGCAAAAAGGAGAUGCUGGAUGUGAAGUUCAUGGCAGACACCAAGAUUGCUGACUCCAAGCGAGCCUUCGAGCUGCAAAAGUCAGCCUUCAGUGAGGAGGUCAACGUCAAGACAGCUGAGGCCCAGCUGGCCUAUGAACUUCAAGGGGCCCGAGAGCAGCAGAAGAUCCGGCAGGAAGAGAUUGAGAUUGAGGUUGUGCAGCGCAAGAAGCAGAUUGCAGUGGAGGCACAGGAGAUACUACGCACAGACAAGGAGCUCAUUGCCACUGUGCGCCGCCCCGCGGAGGCUGAGGCUCAUCGCAUACAGCAGAUCGCUGAGGGUGAAAAGGUGAAGCAAGUCCUCUUGGCACAGGCAGAGGCUGAGAAGAUCCGCAAAAUUGGGGAGGCAGAGGCGGCAGUCAUCGAGUCGAUGGGCAAGGCAGAGGCCGAGCGGAUGAAACUGAAGGCAGAGGCCUACCAGAAAUACGGGGAUGCAGCCAAGAUGGCCUUGGUGCUAGAGGCCCUGCCCCAGAUUGCUGCCAAAAUCGCUGCUCCUUUGACUAAAGUUGAUGAGAUUGUGGUCCUCAGCGGGGACAACAGCAAGGUGACAUCAGAAGUGAAUCGGCUGCUGGCUGAGCUGCCUGCCUCUGUGCACGCCCUCACAGGCGUGGACCUGUCUAAGAUACCCCUGAUCAAGAAGGCCACCGGUGCACAGGUGUGAGGCUCCUGAAGGCCCACACCCUUCGCAGCCACCCGCCCCUCCUUCAGCACCUGUUAUAAUACCACAGGGACAAUGGGAACGAACUGACUCUGGUGCCUUAUUUUGUAGGGACCAGAAGUGCUGCGAGUUCAGGCCUUCUCUGGCUGUCUUCCUUUCUUCCUGUCUCUGUCUGUCUCCUUCCUCUUCUCCCCUGCCCCAUACCCUCAGUUUCACUGCCGCAUUCAUAGGGUUUGUCUCUUCCAUCCUCAUCUUCCUGUAUGUCUCUUCCUUUGUCUUUUUAUCUCCCUCUCUCCUCCAACUUCUAUAUGUAUCAUGUAGUUUCAGCCAAAAAUGUUUAUUAUAAUCACUGUCUGUCUGUUGGGGGUGGCCCUGCUGCUCCUCAGAAUCCUGGUGCCUUGAAGUUCUCUGUUCAUCUGUCCGUUCUCCCUGUGGCCCUGGCCAGAGCUCAGCAUGGGUACAGGAGGUCUGGAUAGGACGGCCACCCUGCCCACACCUGGCCUAGUCUUCCCCAGCCGUAAACCCUCCCCAGGAAGUCCCUAGCCUCACCUACUGCAGCCUUGCCAGGCCUGGGUAGCCGAGGCUUGCGAGCCCAGGGCCACUGCCCUUCACUUCACCCUCCCUAGUCUCGGGCCUCUUCUGUACCUGACCUCUCUCCCUAGCCCCAGGGGCACAGAGGCAAGGCCUCCUUCUAUAGCAGCUCCCUCGGUUUACUACUGCCUUAGGAGGCCCCUGCUUGUGCUCAGGGAAUAUCCCUUCAUGGACAUGUCCCUACUAGGUGGAGUGGGUCUUGGUCCCAAUUCUGCUAAGCCUUUCUAGGACCAGAGUCUAGCCCUGUUGGGGACUAGAAAGUAUGUAGGCAGCACUGUCCUGGGUAUCUGGCCAGGCCCUUCCAGUGGGCAAAGCUGUGCCAACCCUGUACCAAAAUGAGUGCCGUAGACUGGCCAGACUCCAUACUCCUUGUGCCGUCUUUCUUCCUGGCCAGAAUAAUAGGGUUCCAGCCACAGGGAAGCAGCCCAGUCCUCUGUCUCCUUGCUCUAGUGGAGGCAGAAGAGCCCAGAGCCCAAGCAUCCUGGCAGGGGAGCUGUGGAUGUUCCACAGUCCCAGUCCUUGCCCAAGCCUUGCCCUGGCCUGUGUAGCUGUUCCUGCAUGUGGAUGCUGCAUGUCUGGUCUGGGGCUUGGAUGCUGCACUGCCCCGCUGCCUGCCCCUUCUGGUAAAAUAAAGAUGUUAUGCCCAUG